UCCCCUUGGCUGGCUGGCAUCCCAGAGCAGAGAGAGACAGAGAAGGCUGAGCGUGUGAGACUGAGGGUGAAGAGAAAGUGUAAACGCAAAGUAGACUAGGAAGAGGAAAAGAAGUGGGCGAGAAAGUCUUCUGAAAGAAACGAAAAGAAAACGAAUCAGGUACUGGGUGCUGUGCAGCGUGGCUCCUGCAAGUUGUUUUUCAGCCGUGUAUUUUUAACUGUCGUGGGUGUGCAGCCAGUUUGUAUUUGGAGACGACAGCCAUGGCGAGCACAGGUGUCAAGAAGGAGCACAUAGCCUUAGAAGAAGUGCCUUAUGAUGACGACGAGGUAGCUCUGGUGGGUGCUGCCACGGAGCCGGCAGUAGAUGACGACGACCCCGCUGAGGAGGUGGACCCGGUGCUGGCCCCUGGCCCUGGAGGCAAGGGUGAAGCGCAGAUGAACGGGGUCAUGGUCCUGUCUCUGCUAGACAAGAUCAUCGGGGUGGUCGACCAGAUCCAGCAGACCCAGAAUGGGCUCGAGGCCCGGCAGGAGGCCAUGGAGAAGUCAGUGUCAAUCAUCCACGGGGAGCUGGCUAAGUUGUCCAAGAACCACCUCGGCACGGCCACCACUGUCAACAAAAUGCUGGACAAGGUACGCAAGGUCAGCGUCAACGUGAAGACGGUGCGCAGCAACCUGGAGAAGCAGGCGGGCCAGAUCAAGAAGCUGGAGAGCAACGAGAACGAGCUGCUCAAGAGACGCAACUUCAAAGUCCUCAUCUACCAGGACAAAGUGAAGGCACCGAAGACCGCAGCAGUAGAGACAGUGGUUGAAGGCCAAGCUGUGGAGGGCCUUGAGCAGAUACCUGAGGGACAAGAGGGACCAGAGGGAGUCCCAGACAAUCUCAAUUCAGAUGAGGAGGUGGAGAUUGAGGAGAUUAUCGAGGAGUCUCGUACCAAGCGGAUCCAGCGCACCACCAAGCAGCAGGUGGACAACAUAAAGAAAGCCUUCUCCAAAGAGAAAAUGGAGAAGACCAAAUUGAAGACAAAGGAGAACUUGGAGAAGACCAGGCAGAAAACCCGCGACAACCUGGAGAAGACGCGACAGAAAACCCGCGACAACCUGGAGAAGACGCGACAGAGAACCCGCGACAACUUGGAGAAAACCAAGCACAACCUGGAGAAGAAGAUGGGCAAGCUUGGGACCCGCAUGACCCCCAACCAGGAGCGCAGGGCAAAGAUGAAGAGCUCCAAAGACAAGGCGACAAAGUCCCUCUCUCCCGACCACACCGUCUACGCACGCUCCAAGACCAGCGUGUACCGCGUGCCCCCCUUCACCUUCCACGUGAAGAAGAUCCGAGAAGGGGAGGAGGAGGUGCUGCAGAACACAGAGAUGGAGGAGGUGGAGGAGGUGGAGGAGGUGACCGAGGACGAGGGCCAGCCGGGCGGAGAGGAGAACGGGCUGGGGCUGCACGUGGAGGUGGAAGAAGGGGAGCUGGUGAGCGUAGACGGCCCAGAGAUGGAGGCUCUGUUGGAGGUGACUGAGGAAUGUCAGCUGGUUAGGGUGGAGGCAGACCACCUAAAGAAGGCCCAAAGCGAGUAGGGUCCCAGCUCUGCAGGGCUGUGGAGCCAGAGAUGAGGGGGCAACGGAGUCGUAUCAGAAGGACACAAUAUUAGUCGUCGGGAACUUUCUAGACGUGAUCACAAUCUAUGACAUCACAUUUGUUUUCUCUUCUCUUUUUACUGUACCCAACAUGGGAUGACUUUUAUAUUUGCUUCUCUUCAACACACAAAUAAGAAAAACAAAAAAAAGCUAGCUUUUGAAACAUGCUGCACGCUGACUGGUUAUGUUGAGGCUAUUUGCCGUUUGUCGUUGGUUUGAUAAAUUGAGAGGCUAUAAGAAUUUCAAAAAGGUAUAAAUAGUCUUUCCUAUUGAGGAUGUAAUGUAUAAUCUAAUAUUUGCCAUGUAUGAUAUUUACAUUCGUAGGUAUGGUGACGGCAAAUUGUUGGCUGGAUGGUUUUAGUCAUGUAAUAGGCUCGAGUGAAACUAAGAAAAUGAAUAAGUAAGUUGUAAAGUGGUAGGCCUAUUGAAGAAAUACAUAUCUAAGGCAUAAAGGUUAUUUACUGCCAAUCACUCAGCCAUUGCGCCAAAUGUAUCCAUAUAAUGUAAAUGACUGAAAAUAGAAGCGUACUGUCUGAUAAACUAUGUUGGGAACAUCAAAACACUGACAAAUUAUAAAUAUUGAAACACUCAUAGCAUAGCAAUACACAGCUAACAUUACUGUACGAUCCCUUCAAGACGGCAUGUUUGACCUUUUUCAUGGCACGGCUGAAAGUCAUAUCCUUUAUGUACACGUGUUGUGAUUUGGU